UGCAUCCCACUGGACCGCCGUCGCCACCCAUUUCCCUUCCGCCCACCUACCAGACUUGUUCUCUCCUGCCCGGGGCAGCCGCCGCCGCCGCCGCCUCUCUCUCCCCCCCUCUGUGCCUGGGAGUGGGAGAGCCUGCCUGAGCCUUAAAAGAAGCAGGCAGAGGGAAGGGAAGGCUCCAGAAUCCCCUCCUAUCUUCUCUCCUCCUCCUCCACCUCCUCCUCAUCCACCUCCCGAGAGAGAGGGAGCAGAGAGACUAGUAAGCAGAUCCAGAGAGAAACCCAACCAAUCCCCCACCCCACCUCCCAAGAGAGAACGAAAUGGCUUCCGACGGCAACGGCAGCGGCGUGGUCACCGUCUACGGCAACAACGGCGCCGCCCUGCUGGAGCCCUCCAAGCAGUCCAAGUCCACCUUCUCCGUCAAGGUCGGCCUAGCGCAGAUGCUGCGCGGCGGCGUCAUCAUGGACGUCGUCACCCCGGAGCAGGCGCGCCUCGCCGAGGAGGCCGGGGCCUGCGCCGUCAUGGCCCUGGAGCGCGUCCCCGCCGACAUCCGCGCGCAGGGCGGCGUCGCCCGCAUGUCCGACCCGGGCCUCAUCCGCGACAUCAAGCGCGCCGUCACCAUCCCCGUCAUGGCCAAGGCGCGCAUCGGCCACUUCGUCGAGGCCCAGAUCCUUGAGGCCAUCGGCGUAGACUACGUGGACGAGAGCGAGGUCCUCACCCUCGCCGACGACGCCCACCACAUCAACAAGCACAACUUCCGCGUCCCCUUCGUCUGCGGCUGCCGCGACCUCGGCGAGGCGCUGCGCCGCGUCCGCGAGGGAGCCGCCAUGAUCCGCACCAAGGGGGAGGCUGGCACGGGCAACGUCGUCGAGGCCGUGCGCCACGUCCGCUCCGUCAUGGGCGACAUCCGCGCGCUCCGUAACAUGGACGACGACGAGGUCUUCGCCUACGCCAAGCGCAUCGCCGCCCCCUACGACCUCGUCAUGCAGACCAAGCAGCUGGGACGCCUCCCCGUCGUCCAGUUCGCCGCGGGGGGAGUCGCCACCCCCGCCGACGCCGCGCUCAUGAUGCAGCUCGGAUGCGACGGAGUCUUCGUCGGCUCCGGCAUCUUCAAGAGCGGCGACCCUGCGCGGCGGGCGCGAGCCAUCGUGCAGGCCGUCACCCACUACAGCGACCCGAACAUCCUCGCCGAAGUCAGCGCGGGGCUCGGGGAGGCAAUGGUCGGGAUCAACCUCAACGACCCAAAGGUCGAGCGAUUCGCCGCCAGAUCCGAGUGACCAUUUCUGCCGUCUAUUAUCAACCAAUCUAUCCUUCCUUCCUUUGUUGUUGUCUUCUUUUUAGUAGCAAUAAAGUAAUUUCUAUUACUAGUACUGCAUAGUACAUCUCCCAUCCGAAUAUCUGAUCCGAUCGGUAGCCUGCUUCUCGAUCAUCCAUCUCUCUCCGUCAAUAAUGGAUGAAUGAAGAAACCAACCUAUGUUGUUCAUCGAUGAUGAUCCUAUGCAUCAUGGAGUGCACAGCCUGCCCUGCUUCGAUGAA